CAUUUUUUACGACCAUAAAAGCAAGUGAGGCUAGACUGUGGGACGAUAGUCGAUUUCAUUGUCAGUCACCAAGUCUCGGUUAUAAAUUGUGAUUUUUGUUAACAAAUUCAGACUAAAUUUAAGAAUCAAAUGAAGUUAACUGUGUUGCUUGCGCUCUGUGUUUGUCUUAUGCAAAUAUGCUCUGGACGGACAGAAAUCGAUUUCAAUCAAAUUAGACGAGCGGCAGUCAAGCAACAGAUCCGUGAAGAUCUUAACGGUGCCAGUGAGCAAUUUCUGGACGAUUAUGUGUUCAUGGGUGAAAAAUAUUUCCGCGAUCAGUUUGUUAUGGAAAUGGUAUUCGACGGUUUCUUAGAUAAAUUGUUCCGAUUCGCUCGGGAGCGAAAAACUUCGAAAAUCGAUGUAAACACCGUGCAAAACCGCCAUGCAUCUAUGCCGGAACUGGGCGCCGAGCAACGAAUAAGUGCGUUGGAGAAUAUGAAAAUAUUGAAGGCAUAUCUGUCGAACGGAUUGCCACCCGAACUAAUGAACGGCAUGCUGAACUUAUACUAUGUUUGGGUAUAUCGCGAUGCAACGACGGAACAAAUCGAAAGCGCUUUGAACUAUUUGUACGGAACGGAGCCCAUUGAGUUGAAAACUGUUUUCAUUGAUUCAAUUCAACUAAAUGCAACUUUAACCGAAUGUCCCGAUGGGCAUCAAAUGUACACAGAGGUAAUGAAAGGAUUGAAAGAUAUGGUUGAUGUGAAGCCAAAAGUAGCCCAGGAUGUGACCGCCAUCUACGAUAAAUUCCCAUGCAAUGACAUCGCUCAUCACCUCAUCGGUCUUGCGCUUUUGCCUAUGGAAUACGGAGCCGAUGUGGCCAAAAUCAAUGGGUGCAUGAUCAUUGAGAUGGGUGGCUUCAUCGGAUAUGAUUAUCGGAAAUUCCGGUUGGCCGAAUAUAUUUUAUCAACUAAGUUGCCAGUUGGAACUUUUCGUGGCAUAAUUGAUUUUGUAAAAGUAUGCAACACAGCUGCUGGGCCAAUCGAAGACAUUGAAAAGACACUGGAAUAUUACUACGACGUUGUCCCGAAAGCGAAAUGCUAAAUAGGCAUGGGUGAUAAUGAUUAUCGAUAAUUUGUGUGACAAUUUGUGUAAAUCUUUGAAUACAAACAAAAGGGAAAGCUGAAUAAAAUUAACAUUAUCAAAAAGGUGA